GCAACUGUGUUGAUCUGACGUCAAGAAAUCUACACGGGCACGCCCACAGCACGUUUUAAAGACGUAGAAGAUUCAAUGCUCUGUAAUUACGCGGAUUAUAGGAGAUUAUCAGCAAGGAUGCUGCCGUUCGUGACUUAGAUAGAAACAUUGCAGCAGAGGGUCUCCUCGCGAUAUCUGGACAAUUCAGUGGGAAUUCAACUGAUGUAAAGUGUGAAAUCGACGAUAAACCACAGUGUUUACAAUCGUCAGCUGAUCUGAACUCUUUGUUUAUGGUUGCUAGAAUUUUGACUGACUUGAACAAAAUUCGCCAAAUUGUACCCGGAGAUACAUUUUCUACUUCUGAUACUAGAUCUCCUGAUACCUCAGUGAAUUCUAUACGAUCGGGUGUCCUCCACGAUCACAAUCACGCCCUUAGAAGACCACACAUGAGUUCCAAAGGAAAGCCAUCUUCACCAAGUGCCACGCCCACCCAACACAUGGAUUCUGACACAGAAGACCAUGAACCAACAAAACGUGGUAGAAAGUCCCCAAACAGAAAGAUUCACCAAUGUACAUACGCUGGAUGCGGGAAAAUAUAUGGGAAAAGCUCACAUUUGAAAGCUCACCACAGAACUCACACUGGAGAGAGACCAUUUCCUUGCAUGUGGUCAGGCUGUGGAAAGAGGUUUGCCAGAUCAGAUGAACUUGCGAGACACUACAGAACACAUACAGGAGAGAAAAACUUCAUUUGCCUUAUAUGUGAGAAGCGCUUUAUGCGUAGCGACCAUCUAACGAAACAUGCCAAACGACAUCCUGAGUACAACCCAACAAUGAGCAAUAUUGAAAUACAUAAAAAGCCAGGUGACUUUGCUGAACAGACUAUAAACUGAAAGAAAAUUGAAUUUCGUAAAUCAGUUCAGUAUUUUGAAAGAUUUGAGAUACACAUCACUGUUUAGCCAGUUAUGCUCUGGUACUCAGCUGGGUGAGUUUGUUAUUUCUUUGUAUAGAAACAGAUACCCAAUGAGAAAAAACAAUUGCGAUGUCAUGACAUAAUUUACUUGAGAUGAUGACAAGAGGAAAUACAGGAAAACUGAUGCUUACAAGAACUGAAAACUAACAAAAUAAAAAUGCAACAAAUGAUGUCAUGUGAAGAGAUGGUUUGUUGGAUAGGGAAAUAGAUUGUGCAGUAUAAAGCAAGUUAGAGCCUGAGAAAGUUUAUUGAAAGGAUUUGUUAAGAGGAUGUAAAUUGUUAACACCCAUGCCCAUAUUUUGCAAAAGCAAGCCCCAAUUUCUUGAAAUAGUGAUAUUUUAAGAAAGAUGGAAGAUUGUGCAGUUGAAUAUCACCUGGUGAUAAAUAUAAAGUGAGAAAGGAAUGUUGUUGAUAAGUAUUAUUAUAUGAGAGAUUAUGAUCUGUUAAGUAUUUGAAAGUCUAUUGGUUGAAAAGA